CGCGAAUCUCCCCACUCUUGAUAGUCUAUUCGAGAAUGUUGAUGAGUAGGACUGGAUAAUCUUGACGGGGACGAUGAGCCUACACCGCAAAGCAACGACGUUGACGUGGAGGCAGGUGAGCCCGAGACCUCUCAAGGUGCGGACAAAGGAAUAUCAAGGGUUAUACGGUACUGUACAAGAAGAAACAGCACCACCUCCGCUCCCGAAAUCAAAAAAAGGUUUUGCCGGCAUAGUCGGUGGCCUUCUUGCAAAGAAAGGGAAACGUGCCCAGUCUUCGACGAGUUCAAGUGGUACAAUAGGAAACUCGCACAACGAACUUGCUAUGUACCAGGGUGUGCCAUGCGAUUACGAUAACGACGAUGUCGAUUUUGACGUGCUCGGAUGGUGGAAGCGGAACGAACACAUGUUCCCAUGUCUCGGCAUGCUAGCAAGACAAGUGUUGUCCGUCCCAGUAUCAACCGUAGCAGUUGAAUGAGAAUUCAGUGUUGGCGGCAACAUUCUAACCGACUACCGAAGUUGUCUUAACGCUGAAUCUCUUGAAACACUGGUUUGCAACCAAGAUUGGCUCUUGGCAAGACGUCGGGCUCAAGAGUCAUCGUACCAACUCGAAUCGGAGCAUUACAUGAAUGCAACCACAGAUGGAAGUCCGAGUUCUGAAGAAUAAGUUAUAAUUUUUUUUUAUGUUAAUGUAAAUAUGUAAUUAAUUUUUU